AGAAGAAGAAGGGGGAGCGGCUCUCUUCUCUGCAUGCUCAUUGACAGCACGGGUCCUGACAAGUUCACUUGAUUUCUUAACAAUAGUCUAACUAUAUCAGUAGGGUGUAACUGAAACAGCGACGUGAAAUUCUGCCUGCCCGUCUGCUUUAUUGUGUCCUUCCUCUUCUCUUUGAACCGAAUAGCAGAUAAAAUGGGUCGGAAGGUGACUCUUGCUACCUGCUCGUUGAAUCAGUGGGCUUUGGACUUCGACGGAAACUUUGAGAGAAUACUCGAGAGUGAGUUUUACUCCUGAAAACUAUUCAGCUUAGUCAGCUCUCAUAUGCUGCUGUACAAGAAUGAAACUGCUGCACCUGAGAUUGAUAAUACAGAGUUAGUCUGUGAUAAUGACAUUUCAACAUUAAGGUUUAAAUGUGGGAGAUCAGACUUUCUAUAGAAAACAGCUGAUAUCAGAAAAGCAGCCUGUGUGUGUUAGCUGCACAUCUUUGGGACAUGAUGAGAAAAACCAUCACUUUGGAUACUAUGAAUUCAUACUAAAACCUUCCUGUUAGUAUUAGUAUCACCACAGGAAUAAAGGUGAAUAAAGCUUCAUCAGUUUCUUUAAAUAUCACAUUUUAAUAAAGAGGCAGAAAAAAGAGGGGGAAAAAAAUCCACCACAGUCUCAUAUAUAGACUAUAUAUAUUCUAGUUUGCUUGUUUGUUUUCCUGCAGGUAUUGAGAUUGCCAAGGAUCGGGGAGCCAAAUACAGACUAGGCCCAGAACUGGAGAUAUGGUAUGACAGGAAAGAAACAGUAACACACAGUAUGAGUUCUUUUCUAUAUUAUAUAUGUGUUAUAUAUAUGGUCACAUCUUUUCUACAGUGGAUAUGGCUGUGCAGACCACUUCCAUGAGUCAGACACGUUACUCCACAGCUUUCAAGUCCUAAAGAAGCUUCUGGAGUCUCCAAACACACAGGACAUCAUCUGUGAUGUGGGGAUGUGGGUAUCACCUUCAGCCCUGCUUCAAAUGAAAGAAAUAGAGUUUAACGCAGAGCCAAUAUUUCAAGUGUCUGGGCAGGAUUUUGUUUCCUGUGAACAUGUACAGUAUUGUUUCCUGCAGCCUGAAGUUCUGAUAUGUCUCAUCUGAGUGUUUUGAAUUCUGUUCCCAUUAGGCCCAUCAUGCAUCACAAUGUGCGCUACAACUGCCGAGUCCUGUUCCUCAACAGGUGCGUCAUCUCACUGCUCUUAUCUUGCAAACAAUGUGCUGUUUAUUUCUGUUUUUAUGCAUUGUUACAUCUGGUCCAGUUGGGAUGUUUUUCAUAAUAACCCAAAGCAUGCUGUUCCUCUGCAGAUGCAAACACCCUGUUUGUAUGUGCUGAUCAUUUUUCUCCAUCCUGCAGGAAGAUCCUACUGAUCAGACCUAAAAUGAUGAUGGCCAACCACGGGAACUACAGAGAGCUGCGCUGGUUCUCACCCUGGAACCAGCUGAGGUAAAUCAUCACAGGGCACAGGUCUGAACUAUUAACAACAAAUGAAAGACUCACAAAAAUAAAACUAUCAGGAAGCACAUGCCAGCAGUGGCACAGCAACACUCUCUUUAUUUUGAUAGGAACCUUAAACAGAUCUGGACUUUGGGGCGGCUGCCAUCUCCUGUGGUGCUUUGGUACAGAUAGAGAAAAUGAUAAUGGCAGCAGCAGUCUCAGCUGGAUGUUAUGUUUUUGUUUUAAUGUAUGGUGUCAUUCAGGUGAAUGUGACAUCCUGGGAACCCCUAAGAUCACAGAAAUACAGUAAUGUUACAUUAAAGGAUAUUUUUCCACUUUUCUCCAAGCUGUGCUAAUCUGUGGGUUUAUCUUUGUUUGAACAUUUCCACAUACUAAAGUACUUUUUCUUCCAGCCCAAACACUGGCUUGCACGUUGAGUGUAUUUCUUCAAAUAUUGACAUGUUAACUCAUAUUUUGGCUUCUUUUUUUAAGAAAAGUGGAGGAGUAUUUCCUACCCAGAAUGCUUCAGGAGGUAACAGGACAGGUAAAAAGCCACACAGUCAUCUUCUCUUUCACCUUUCUCUUUUUAUCUUUCUCUGUCAAUACUCUUUAUUUGUCUGUGAUCUCUUGUGCACCAGGAUACCGUUCCCUUUGGUGACUGUGUACUAUCCACCAAGGACACCUGCAUUGGUACUGAGUUAUGUGAGGAGCUCUGGAAUCCCAGAAGGUGAAAAAUCAUCUCUUAAAAAGGAUCUUACUCUCUGUCUUUUGGAUGUUUGAGUUAAUCCAGAUUUGUGUGGCCUGUUUUCUGUGCAUCAGCCCUCAUAUUCAGAUGGGUCUGGAUGGAGUUGAAAUCUUUACUAAUUCUUCUGCAAGCCAUCAUGAACUCCGCAAGGCUGACCAAAGAGUGAACCUGGUCAAGGCAGCCACUACUAAGGUAUUUUUUAACCAGGAGUCUUCAGACACUGUUCAAUUAGAAAUAUGAAAAAUAUAGGAGGAGCCAAAGUUCAAAUUUAUUGUCUCCUAACUUAACAAACAAACACAAAUACUUGUCAACAUGUAAUGUCAUGUAAAUGAAAAAUCACAGUGGCAUUAUUGCUGUAAAAAAAACAGGAUUAGAGAUGUUUCAGCAAUCUGUCAUCACUGCAAGCACAUAAACCAAACACUAGAUCAGUGUUUGUACAGGCUAAACAUAGAGACCAGCAGAAGGCAGUGUGGUCUUACAAAUGUGGGACCACAACAUCUCCUGCUUAACGGUCAUUCUGCUUCGAAUGAAAAAAAAAAAGGUUGACAUUGUCGCUUCAUUUGGUGUGUUUGUUGUUCCAGAGUGGAGGUAUCUACUUGUACGCUAAUCAGAAAGGCUGUGAUGGAGACAGAGUCUACUAUGACGGGUGUGCCCUGGUGGCCAUCAAUGGAGACGUGGUGGCUCAGGGAGCACAGUUCUCCCUGAAUGAUGUGGUUAGUAUGGAGCCCAGAGAGAACCUGGGCACAGCUCAGAGAGUGGACACAAAGGAGUUCCCACGCAGUUGAAAAGAUAACUGGAGUUUCUUUAGUGUCUAAAAAUAUACACUUGAUAAAAUGUAAGUAAUUUGUGUUUGUGUGUGUGUGUGUGUUAUAGGAGGUGAUCACAGCCACUCUCGACCUUGAGGAUGUGCGUAGCUACAGAGGAGAAAUUCGUCAGCCAAACAUGGUGAGAGCAUCAUUACCAUCUUUGUAAUGUUCCCAGUUUGUGAAAUCAUGACUAGUUGAUAUUUGUAUUGAUUUACAUGGUAUUGUAUAAAGACCAAUAUUCACUGGGCUGAAUCAGAUUAAAACAUCUAUUGUGGACAUCAAUACUAACCUUUACUUAACCUGCUAACCGGCUGAACUGAAAUGAACUCACUAAACAGCAGUGUUGCCACAGUUACUUUUAAAAAGUAAUUUGAUUACUGAUUAUAGAUUAUUCCUUUAAAAAGUAACUUAGUUACUCAGUGAUUACUUGAUUUUAAAAGUAACUAAGUUAGAUAGCAAGUUACUUUUUAACUUACAUUCAGCAGACUCAACAUAUAAAUGAAAUUCAUUUUCUUCCCAACACUCACUUUAUUGGUGUCAUUUUAACAGGAAUGUCAAAACAUACAUGUUUUUUAAAGAAAAUAAAGAUAGUCUUUCUUGACUGACAAAACAAACAUUUUUAAAAUAAAAAAAGGACGCACACAGUGACUUGGACAUGUAACUUAAAUCUUAUUACUAGUUUGAAAAUAGCGACGUGUUAGAUAACUCAUUAAUGAAAAAAGUGGACUUAUUCGAGUAGCUGAUUACUAAGUAACGCCUUACUGGCAUCACUGGUAAACAGUAGCCUAUACCUGCAGUGAGACAACGGCACACACACUGUCAUACUCACUCAGAACAAGCAUGGACAGCCUCACACUGAUCCGUCUGUGGCUGUCGACUUUUGGCCAUGCUCCCUCUAACUGGAAGAGUUUACCAAAAUCUGAUGCUAAGCUUUUUUUAGUUUUUGUCCCUGUAGCAAUGACUUUGGAUUUUUAUUUUUGUUUUGAUACAAUCAUUGAUAUUAUACCAGUCUCAAGUUUUAUUUUCACUUAUCCUUAUGUCCAUGUCUGGCAAGUUAAUCCUAUUGGUUAAAUAUUCUUUACAUUUUUUUGAUGAAGCAUGUCUUUGUUUAUGAUUGACUGUAAAAACUGAAGAACUGAACUUGCAGAGGGUGCAAACCACAGGCCUGAGUCACAUAUUAGAACUAAUGAGACAGGAACAGGGGCACCUCUGGGGUCACGAGAUGAGGAGCCUCUCACAGACCUGUGAGACACCUCUCUGGUCCUGCAGCACAAACCGCUGAGUCCGGUGCUGUAGAAAGGCAAAUGAAUCCAGCAUAAUCCCAUUUUUAGCUCUCAAUGAUAGUCAAAGAACCAAAGCUGAGGACUUGUUGGCCUCAUUCUAGUUAAACUGCUGUUGUGCUGAGCGCAUGUCACUUCUGUCACAUGUCCUCUCACCGUCAUGCUUCUCUGCUGCAGGAAAGUGAACACAAACUUUGCCACAGAGUCAAAGUCGACUUCUCGCUGUCCUCCAUCGACGAUGUCUACCUCCCCACUCACCAGCCAAUAACGUGGUACUUUCAUACAGCAGAGGAAGAAAUCAGGUACAUUUCAUUUGGUACCAACUAAGACUGUGAACCAGUUUCUUUAAGACAAGAAGCAGUAAAGACCUGCUCCGUUCAGUUUAGGGCCGGCCUGCUGGCUCUGGGACUACCUGAGGAGGAGUGGACAGGUGAGGAGGAACCAGCUGUUAUCUAAAUGUAUUUGUUAAAUCUGAAAUACACUGAUAAGAAAACUACAUGGCAGUAAACCUUUGUGGUUCCUGGUUCCUUGGGAAUGCUAUAGUCUCUGUUUGUUUGUUUGAUGAAGAUUUAUUAGGCUCUAUCAUCAUUCAUAUGAACACUUGUUUAGAUUUUGACUGGUUGAGCUGACUUUGGGUUUUGGUUCCUGUUUGUGUCACAGGCUGGUUUUCUGUUACCUCUGAGUGGAGGGGUUGAUAGCUCCUCCACUGCUUGUAUCAUUCACUCCAUGUGUGUGCUGGUCUGCCAGGCUGUGGACGACGGCAGUAAGUAUGAUUCUCUCAGCUUUUUUACAAGUUUCAUACAACUAUAACUGCAUGAAUGCAUACACAUAAACAUAUCUUCUCGAGAUAGAGAUGACUUAUAAAACCAUACAGCGACCUUCUGACCCCAAAGACUCUAUCACUGGGAUAUCAAGUUUUAUUAUAAAGUGUAAAUAUAAUAUUUUUGAAAACAAAUAAGGAAUAUAAUAGUUUCACAUUAAGGAGUUUCUGAGUUUAAUAGGUGAGCAGAAAGUGUUCAUAGUGUUGCCUCAGAGUGCUGCAGAGCAGAGCAUUUCUAAGUCAGCAGGUUUCCCUCUCAGUCUUGUCAGUCAUCUCUCUUUUUCAAAUCCUUCCUUACCAAGAAAAAAAGUAGAGCAUGAGGACAGGCGUGAGUCCACCUGGAAGAUAGCUGUAUCCAGAGCUUUUCUUCAGACUGUUCUUCAAAUGUAUGUUGCUCCUUAAAGUGAAUAUCUGUAAUGUUUGAGUUCAUAUGAUUAAAACACCGACUCAGCAGUUUAAGAGGAUAACCUGAUGAUUCAGCUUUUCCAACUUCCUACUUAUAAACUCAGACACUGGUUUUAUUAUCCUCUCUUUCCAGUCUUAUUCUCUCUGGGCUCUGACAACAGCAGACUCACUCAAGGUUUCUCAUCUUCUUUCGUCCUUUAACCUGUCUCCCUCUCUCUCUCUUCCUCUUCACAUCUCUCAGACAUGCAGGUUCUGGAGGAUGUACGCAGAGUUGUCGGGGAUGACUCCUACCGGCCUCAGCACCCGAGAGAACUGUGUGGUCGCAUCUUCACCACCUGCUACAUGGCCAGUGAAAACUCCUCAGAGGUCACCUGCCGCAGAGCCAAAGACCUGGCCAAUCAGGUCGGCAGGUAAGCGUGACUAAACUCAAGUGGAAGGUACUGAUACAGAAAAAGUGUUGAAUGACGCCUGACACUAAGGAAGGUAAGAUCGCUGAGAUUGGCAAGUGUUUUACAGCUGUAUUAAAUACUUGACACUGAUUGGUCAGCACUCCUUAGCAACAGUCUGUUAAUACAGCCAUAGAACACUGUUGCUAUGGAUGUGGCCAUUAUCACAGACUCUGAUGGUCAGAGGAAAAGGUAGUAGACUGUAGCGACAAAGACAAAAGCUGUCAGCCAUCUUUGGAGAAAUCUACAAAUCAGAGAUAAAACAUGAAGUAAACACUAAACUAAAUAAUAUAUUUCACUUGAAUUGCAGCACGCACAUGAACAUCAAUAUAGACAUGGCGGUGAAAGGAAUUCUGGGUAUCUUCUCAGUGGUUACUGGAAGGUUACCUCAGUUUCGCGCCAACGGAGGAAGCCACAGAGAGAACCUGGCUCUUCAGAACAUACAGGUGAGACGCUCCCUAACUGUGUGCCCCUCCUGUUUCUUUAUAUUCAUCCAUCGAUACACUCGUUUAUAAUUGUAGAUUUUCCAGCCUUCUUUUCUUCUUCCUUUCUUGACUCACUCUUUUCUCUGCUGCAACACUUCUCUCAGUUUACACGUUUGAUCACAGUCAAACCGCUGUUUUCACACCAGUGCUUCACCAACAAACUGACACUGUUUGGUCGCAGCUUCAGAGAAUUUUUAAACGACUUUCAUUUUGUACAUGUGUGUGUUUUCAGGCCAGAGUCAGGAUGGUCCUCGCGUACCUCUUUGCCCAGCUCAGUCUCUGGGCCCGAGGGCGGCCAGGUGGACUGCUUGUGCUGGGCUCAGCUAAUGUAGAUGAGAGGUAAUACUGCAGCCAAGUCUGAUACUAAUGACUUUUCAAUGACCAGCUCUUAAUCCUUGCUUUUGUGUUACUGAUCUCUGUCAGAGAUGCUUUCAUACUCCCACAGUGUAGAUGCGUAACAACUGCUGACAUCAGUUCUUUGUUGACAGCUGAUGGUUUUCAGGCAGGGUGGUAUAGGCAGAUACUGAUGGUUAACCAACACAUUGGUUCAUUACUAGUUGGACUAUCAGAAUGAAAGUGAGAACCAUAAAUCCUCAAAUAUGGGCUGGAUCAAUGAUUUGUUUCUACUACUUCAGGUACCAAGCCUUUAUAAGAAGCAGGCUUUUAUUGGAGACAGGCCUUUGUAUCAAAUCCUAUCAGUCUCUGAGAAUUAGUGUCCGUAUUUUACACAAAGAGAGGGUCUUAUUCACCGACUCCAGCCAAGAAGACAUUACAUUAUCCACAAAGCACAAAAGGCUGAAUGUUCCUGUGUGCCAGUGAUUCAAAUAGUUCAAUAUGUCUUCAUUUAGAGCUAAUUACACCUCUGUCAGUGUAAAUCAGCCUUAUUGUGAAAAAAAAAUCCACAAACAAUUAGAGGGACAUUUUUACCAGCUGUUGCGUAUUGAUGAGCAUCAUCACACUAAGAACAAUUCUACUCUGAAUGACCCAGGAAUGAUACAUCCAUGCAUGAGCUUAUUAACAAUAUGUUGACUUUUGCUAUAUUCAUUAAUCAGAAAUGUUCAGUCAGACUGAGCUGGAGCAGACUUCCCUGUCUUUGGUAUGUUUUUUUUUUUUUUUUUUACCAUGUGUCCACACAGAGCCACCGUAGACUGUGGUGCAGUGGUUGUUAAAGCUUUAAUCUGGUUGACGAUGCACUUGUGUGUUUGAGCUCCACAUCAGUGUCCCCUUUAUUAUCAUCUCCUUUGAUUUAUUCCAUCAGAUGAACCAAGAAUAUGGGGUUAUCAUGCGAUUACUGUAAUAGAAACAUACCAUCAGUGAACCUGAAGAGGUUUAAAAUACAGAUAUGAACCACACAAGCUUUUGUCUUAAUUACACUGCAGUGCAGAGACAACAAUACAACACAACUUGGAUGCAAUCCCCUGAGCUGAACUAUAUACAUGAGAUUCCUAAUCCAGCAAAUCUGAAUGCAUUUUUUCUGUCUGAUAUUUUCUAAGGUGGAAAAUUCCAGACUUUGUUCAUUUGAAAACCUUCACUUUCUUAGUCUAACAGGAUAUUUCACCAAGUACGACUGCUCCAGUGCUGACAUCAACCCAAUAGGAGGCAUCAGCAAGACGGACCUGAAGAGUUUCCUGCAUUACUGUGUGGAGCAGUACCAGCUCACAGCUCUGAGGAGGUACUAUUAUCAUGAUUAACUGUGGGUUAAUAACUGGGCUAGUGUUGAAGACAGAAACUGGAAUGUGUGUGUUACCUCUGCAGCAUCCUGGCAGCUCCCCCCACAGCUGAGCUGGAGCCCCUGACUGAUGGACAGGUCUCGCAAACAGAUGAGGUGGGACAUGGAGGUCUGGCUUUAGACCUGACAUUAAGUUCAUCAAACAAGGACAGCUAUUGUCACUUAUUAUGAGCCGGUAUCACUGGAACUUUUCCUGUGACUGUACCUCGGGGCUGUCUCUACAUGGACCCUAAAAUAAAAUGUAAUAUGAUCUGCAGCUAAGUCCUUCUGUGCAUGGGAGGUACUUUUUCCAUCUCUCAUCCCUCUCCUCCUAACUCACUCUGUUUCUCUCCACCACAUCGCCCUCUUCAGGCAGACAUGGGAAUGACCUACUCCGAGCUGUCUGUUCUUGGACGUCUAAGGAAGAUUUCCAAGUGUGGCCCCUACAGUAUGUUCUGUAAACUCAUUCACACGUGGAAGGACGUGCUCUCACCAUUACAGGUCAGUUUACUCCAUCACAGUGUUAACAUUUCUCUCAAAGACCAGGAGGAUAAAAAGGCGCUUAUUACUAGGUAUUAAAGAGAUACUGAAGUUAAAUAAGCCGUUAAAGGGUUAGUUCAGGGUUUUUAUCUUUUAUUUUUGGAAGAGGAGUUGCAUAAAAGGACUGGUCAGCUUAGACACAUUUGGACAAACUUUUAUGUGUUUUAUGGUCUUUUUGCUUAUAAAAUCAGUCGAAAACUUUAAAUAAACGAGUAACUGUGUUUUUUACUUAAGAUAUUGGAUUUCAUAUUUACUUGGAAUCUCUUGAGUUUGUAUUUGUUUAGAGAGGAUGAGCACACAGUCAUCUUGCUGAUGUUGUUUGUGAAAGUAUGCAUGUUUUCCAUCCACCACUUUUCAUAUUCUUACAAAGUGCAAAUAAAUAUUGAUGUUGGUACUCUCCAUAGUUGAUAGAUCUGGUAAAAUGCAUGUAUAGUGCGUGUUGGUAUGAUACACUGUUGGUCCAUUGGGGGCUCUUAUGUUCUGUAUACCACUCUCUUUCUUUAGGUUGCUCUGAAAGUGAAACGGUUCUUUCGGAUGUACUCGGUGAACCGCCACAAGAUGACCACAGUGACGCCAUCCUACCACGCUGAGAGCUACAGUCCUGACGACAACCGCUUUGACCUGCGACCAUUUCUCUAUAACACACAUUGGGACUGGCAAUUCAGAAGCAUUGACAACCAGGUAUCAAACAUGCGCUAAAGACUUUGUUUCACUUUUUCAGCAUGUAAAAGUGAUGAGACAGACUAAAACCAGUGUGAGAAGCAAGUGUGUUUUUUUAUUUGAACAUCAAUGACCAUCUCUAAGUCUAGUUUUUUUCCCAUACAUAGGUGUCCCAGAUGGCAGCAUAUGAAAACGUGUGAUCCUCAAUGUUCAGUGAUCAGAAGGACAAGAGAACAUUUAGUGACUUUGAGCACAUUUCACUCAUACCUAAGACUUUAUAUGGUGCAAAAAAAACCCACAGAAACCAUCAGGGGAGAGACAAAAUUUUCUGGUGCUUUACUGACCAUUUUCUACCUCAGCCUCUUCUGCCUUUGUGAUAGCUCUCAGCAGGCUGCCAUUACCGUAAAACAAUGAUAUUUCAAGAGUGUCUUGAUGUUUCACUUCGUCUGUCUGUAGCUUAAAAAUACAUUUUCUUUCUCCAUGUAGGACGCUGUGGCUGUUUUAUGUCACUUCUGGAAUAUAUGUGGAGUUUAAACAUAGAGCCACCCCGAUUUUUUCAUUAUUACUUAUUAGAUUAAACCACCUUUUUUAUGUUCUUCUUAUCAGUUCUAUAUGCAACAAAGUGAUUAUACACAGUUUCUUAUCAAAUUUUAAAUUCUAAAGUCACAGGAUGAAAAAAACAAACAGGUUUGUGUGUUUGUGUUUUUAAAUAAAGAGGAUGCGGUCAUCAUGACAAAAA